AUGUCGCCUCUCCUGCACAUCACCCUCUUCCUCCUUCACUUCUGCUUCCCUGGAGGGCACAGCCACCUCCCCCAAAGUCUGCUGAUGCUAAAGACUGAGUUUGCACUUCGCCUCUACCGGAGCGCAGCAGCAGGUAGAAACGGCACAAACUUUGUCAUCUCUCCCACCGGCGUGUCCCUCCCGCUGGAGAUCCUGCAGUUUGGAGCCCAGGGGAACACUGGCCAGCAGCUGGCAGGCGCUCUGGGGUACACCGUGCACGACCCUAAGGUGAGAGAUUUCUUGCACGCUGUUUAUGCCACACUGCGCAACUCCAGUCACGUCACCGAGAUGGAGCUGGCCUGCACCCUUUUUGUGCAAGCUGGAAUGCCACUGUCCUCCUGCUUUGUGGAGCAGGUCUCCUGGUGGGCCAACAGCAGCCUGCAGUCGGCUGACCUCAGAGAGCCCAACAGCACUACCAUCUGGGCCAAGGAAGGGGCAUCCAGACCAAUCACAGGUAAGAGCCCAGGUGGCCUGCCGUGGGAGCAGAUCAACGCAGCAUCUGCUCAGCUCGCAGUGGUGAGCACCAUGACCUUCCAAAGCACGUGGAGGAGGAGAUUCUCCUCCACCAAUUCACAGCCCCUGCCUUUCACCUGUGCUCGUGGCCGCAUCUUCCAGGUCCCCAUGAUGCACCAAAUGGCUGAGGUCAACUAUGGCCAGUUCCAGGACACUGCAGGCCAUCAGGUGGGGGUCCUGGAGCUACCUUACCUGGGAAGCACAGCAAGUCUAUUCCUCGUGCUGCCCCGCGACAGAGGUGCCCCCUUGGGCUACAUUGAACCACACCUCACAGCCAGAGUCAUCCACCUCUGGACCACCAGGCUGAAAAGAACUAGGAUGGACGUGUUCCUCCCCAGAUUUAGGAUCCAAAAUCAAUUCGACUUAAAGAGCAUUUUAAGUGCCUGGGGAGUCACCGAUCUUUUUGAUCCACUCAAAGCUAACUUAAAAGGAAUUUCAGGCCAGGAUGGCAUUUAUGUUUCUGAAGCAAUACACAAAGCCAAGCUGGAGGUUUCAGAGGAAGGCACCAAGGCAUCAGCAGGCACAGCUCUGUUGUUACUUAAAAGGUCUCGGAUUCCUGUUUUUAAGGCAGAUCGGCCAUUCAUCUUUUUCCUGAGAGAACCCAGCACAGGAUUUGUCUUCAGUAUUGGGAGAGUUUCAAAUCCCCUUGACUGA